GAGUAUCAGAUGCUCCCUCGGUUCAGUUUCUAUGCGGAAAGAAAGGUAAAAGCAGCGAAGACGAUCCCACUUCUCAUUCUCCAUUUCCAAAUCAUCUGCAGAAUUCCAUGGAAGUAUCUUCAAAUCUCCCUUCUCUUCCCGAAGAGAAUUCCCAAGAAUCCAAAGAUCUCUCUUCGUUUCCUGCAGUCCCCGAUCGUCCUGCUACUCAGAGUUCAUUGCAGAAAUACUCACCACUAGACUGGAAAGGCUAUUUUGAUCAAGAGGAAGAUGUUACAAUUGCAGGAUCAAAUGAUGUCUUUCACGUAUACACGGCAGGAUCUCAAGGACCAGUUGUAUUUUGUCUACAUGGAGGCGGUUAUUCAGGGCUUUCAUUUGCAUUGGCAGCAAGUAAAAUUAAGGAGAAGGCUCGCGUAGUAGCCAUGGACCUGAGAGGACAUGGAAAGUCAUCUACAGACAAUGAUGUUGACCUAUCUAUAGAGACAUUAUGUGAUGAUGUUUUGGCUGUUUUGAAGACAAUGUAUGGGGAUUCUCCACCUGCAAUUGUGCUUGUCGGCCACAGCAUGGGAGGUUCAAUUGCUGUGCAUGCGGCCGCAAAGAAAGUGAUACAAAGCUUAGCUGGUCUGAUUGUCGUCGACGUUGUAGAGGGAACUGCCAUGGCUUCAUUGAUUCAUAUGCAGAAAAUCCUAUCAAGCAGAAUGCAAUAUUUUCACACCAUUGAAAAGGCAAUUGAAUGGAGCGUCAAAGGAGGCUCCUUAAGGAAUGUUGAGUCUGCCCGUCUAUCUGUUCCAUCGACACUAAGCUAUAAUGAUUUGAAGAAGUGUUACACUUACCGCACACCUUUGGAAGAAACAGAAAGAUAUUGGAAAGGCUGGUAUGAAGGCCUUUCAGAAAUGUUUCUAUCGUGUCCAGUACCAAAACUAUUAUUAUUAGCAGGAACGGACAGAUUGGACAGAUCUCUAACAAUUGGUCAAAUGCAAGGCAAGUUUCAAAUGGUGGUUGUCCGUCACACUGGACAUGCCAUACAGGAAGACGUACCGGAUGAAUUUGCUUCUCUUGUGCUCAAUUUUAUUUCUCGUAAUCGCAUUGGCCCUCAUGGUGUUGAGAUUCCAGGUAUUCGUCAACCACCGCAGCAAUGAGAAUAGUGCCGGAUCAUCAACAAGGCAGGUUUUGGUGACAGGGAUAUAUGUAUGACAAGGGCCAGAAUGAGUCAAGAAGGACCAAUUUACCACUGCAUAUUUCAUCAUAGGCACCUGAUAACUGUUUAAUGGAACUUGCUAUGUAAGAAUUUAAGGCUGGAUACAUUCUGUCCUUUCAAAUUUCUUGUUCUUUGAACAAUGAGCAUCUGGGUUGGGCUGUGGAAGAAUCCAGUCUUGCGGGGUUGGGUGUUCACCCGUCUUGGCAAGUGGUUUCCUUCAUGGGUUCUACUUGGUGUGUAUCCUUUUCUCUUA